CCGGCCUCCGGCCCCCGCCCCAGGCCAGCGAUGUUCGCAGGGGAGUGAGAGGACUGCUGAGUGACUCCAUGGCUCGGGCCCGGGGCGCCCACUGAGCCUGGGCCGCCCCUACCCCAGCCCAGCCCUUCAUCCGCUGCCGCCAAGAUGGUGAUGUCCCAGGGCACCUACACCUUCCUCACCUGCUUCGCCGGCUUCUGGCUCAUCUGGGGCCUCGUGGUCCUGCUCUGCUGCUUCUGUAGCUUCCUCCGCCGCCGACUCAAGCGGCGCCACGAGGAGCGGCUGCGGGAGCAGAACCUGCGCGCUCUGGAGCUCGAACCCCUGGAGCCACUUGAGCCCCUGGAGCUGGAGGGCAGCCUGGCCGGGAGCCCCCCCGGACUGGGACUGGGGCUGGCCCCAGGACUGGCCCCGCAGGCCCGAGUCCGCCUGGAGGCCCCCGGCCAUACCCACGCCCUGCACCACUCCGCCCCACCACAGCACCAGCCCCACCCAGCCCAUCAUCACCCGCACCCGCCCCACUCGCAUCCGCACUCUCAUCCGCACCCGCCUCAUGUCCUGGUGCCGCCCCGGCCCUGGAGCUACCCGCGCCAAGCCGAAUCGGACCUCUCCAAGCCCCCGUGCUACGAGGAGGCGGUGCUGAUGGCCGAACCGCCGCCGCCCUACAGCGAGGUGCUCACUGACACGCGCGGCCUCUACCGCAAGAUCGUGACACCCUUCCUGAGCCGCGACAGCUCCGAGAAGCAGGAGCAGCCGCCCAACUACAAGCCGCUCUUUCUGGACCGGGGCUACUCGUCGGCGCUGCACCUGCCCAGCGCCCCGCGGCCCGGCCCGCCCCGUCCCGCCCCCUACCUGCCGGCCGAACGCCCCCGCCGCGUCUUCCCCAGCUGGACCGACUCGGAGCUGAGCAACCGCGACCCACUGGAGAACGGAGCCUGGCGCCUGCCCGUCUCCAUCCCCUUGUUCGGGAGGACUACAGCCGUAUAGAGGGGGUGGCCCGAGCCCCUGCCCCCUGGCCCCACCCCAGGGGCUAAGCGCCCGGACCGGAGCCAGCGCUGCCCCAUUCCCUGCCCUGCCCCGCGCCUUCCUCCCUUUCUCCCUCCCCGAGGGCAGGCCGUUCAGACUCCUUUCUUAGGCCUCGGGGGUUUUUAAAACGCUUCCCUGGGACUCGGGGCUAUUUCUUACCCUGUUUGUUACAUUUUGAGGAUAAUAAAGGUGUGUGAUCGGCUUUGGUA